AUGCAACUAAGGCUGUUUCACACCUCCUUUUGUGGAUUACGGGAGGGGGUUCACUGUAAUUGCAUUCGUGGCAUCGUCAGUUUCGUGAUCUUCUAUCACAACUUCCCUCAAAUCCACUUCAACGAGCCUAAGCUUGGCCGAACUGUCGCUCAAACCGCUCAAAACAUCAACACAGUACAGAUCCAGGGGAGCAACAAUGAAUGUACAGUGCGACGCCGGUUUCAGACAUUUCGUAACCAAAAAUAUCCAACCAAAAAUUUGUAA